UCUGCCGACUUCACCGAUGUUUGACUCCGAGCCUCAGCCUCGUUACGAAGCACGAAGCACGAGUGGCUCACCUGCCAACAGGUCCUCAACAACAUCAGCGAUGACAGCGCUUCACCUCCUCGUCGUCGUGCUCACUGUGGUCACGGCAGUUGCUGAGUACUCCCCGCCGUACUCACCUGUCGACACGGCAUAUACACCCGAAUAUAGUCCUGACUAUGGGGGUAAACCUACCUAUGCUCCAGUGUAUGACAGUAAACCCGACUAUAAAAAGCCUGACUACGGUAGGAAACCCGCCAAUCCUCCAGUUUAUGACAGUAAACCCGACUACAAAAAGCCUGCGUAUGAAGACAAACCUACCUACCCGUCAGUGUAUGAUAGUAAACCCGACUAUAAAAAGCCUGAGUACGAAAGUAAACCUGUCUACGCUUCAGUGUAUGACGGUAAACUCGACUACAAGAAGCCUGAGUACGAAAGUAAACCUACCUACUCUUCAGUGUAUGACGGUAAACCCGACUACAAGAAGCCUGAGUACGAAAGUAAACCUACCUACUCUUCAGUGUAUGACGGUAAACUCGACUACAAGAAGCCUGAGUACGAAAGUAAACCUACCUACUCUUCAGUGUAUGACAGUAAACCCGACUAUGAGGAUAAACCUAAUUAUGAUCAAGUUAAUGAGGGUAAGUCCUAUGGAGGUAAACUGUCCUCCAGUCUAGUGAGUGGAGCAGAUGCCAAGUCGGCGAGCGAAGCUGUCAGAGCUGUAGUAAACAAGAAGACCGAGCUGUACAAGGACUUGGACAUUUACGAGACUCUCAUUCAAGUUGCUGCCGAGCGUCUGAACCUCAUCAACCAGAGAACUCUGCCAGCAAUCAGACUGGACAACUCUCAGACAGACGCUUCCAUCUCUAUUUUAGACCAAGAGAUAAACGCACUGCGGGACCGCGCUUCCCGUGCUGACGUCACAGCAACCGCAGCUCUUGCUUCCGCUAACGCCUCCAGUGACGUCAUUAGGCAGCAGCGCGCCCUGGUGGCGCAGAUCUCAAGGAACAACACGGACGACGCCCGCCGCAUCGCUCAGUUCCAAGGCGACCUGAGGAACUUGGAGGCUUACUUCCUGAAAGAACUGGACACACAGAUCGGCCAGCUGACCUCUCUGUUGGCAAAGGAGCGACAGAACCUCAAGACCGUCACCGCCUUCGUGGACGGCCGCAAGUGUGAGUAUGGAUACCUUGGCUUGUGGAGUGACGCCAGCACUGAGUCCGUUACAUUCGUGUCACAGUUCACUCAGGCCCCGAGUGUUGACAUCGUCCUCUCAGGUUAUCUCUCAUUCCUCAACGUCCCGUUUGCAUCUGAUCGUUAUCCGUCCGGCAGCAGCUACCCGCCUCAGUCCACCUAUGGUGACGACACUAAGGGAUACGACUCAUCUUACAAGAAUGACGCGCAGAACGUCCAGAUCGUCGCCUCUGACGUCACCACCCAUGGGUUCACGGCAAAGGUCAUCAACUCAAGCCCAGCAAACUUCUACUUCGCGAGGGUUAGGGCUAGGUACGUGGCGUGUCAGAACCUGUACACUGAGGUCCAUCUGUAGACUUCCUGUCUCCAUGGCACUAGUCUUCAAGGCGAUCCUGUCAGCUGCAGUCUCUUUAGAAAUUGCGGGAAUUAUUGGUAAUUAAUUAGCUGUUCUGCUCACAAGGUGUAUGUUAAUUUCUUACGAGUGUUUGUUGGCUGACAGACGCCGAACAGUUUAUUCUUUACAGUUUUACAUAAAUUAAGGUUCAGAUCAAGCAUUUUUAUUUACGUUUCUUUAUGUCUAGUCGCUCACUUGUGUACAUGUAAAUAUACAACUUAUGUGACCCAUUGUUGCAAAUACAAUCAACAGCCUUCAAUGUUAGACAGUGAAGUUCGUAAAUAUGAUUGGUUUUAUUCUGUCAGUGACAUUUGUCUUGCAGUGGUCAUGAACAUUUUCUUGUUGUCAAUGAACCCUUCUUAGAUGGGACAGAGAAAUGAAAGCCAGGCCUGUAAUCUUUCCGAUUAAUUGUAUUCUGAACGAUGAGUGUGUUGAUAAAUAAGAUGAAAAAGCA